AUGGCCCAAAUAUGGAUAAUUCUUCUAUUAAUUAAUAUUGCGUUUGUUUUAAAUGAUGAUCAGCAAAGUAAGAACAGAUGUUGGUCAUCGGGUAAUGGAAGUUCUGCACGAUGGUGGGAAAAUGGAACUCGAAUCGAUCGAGGCCGAUAUUGGUAUGAAUGUAUACAUGGUCAUUUGCGUCCAAUGGGAUGUUUCACGCCAUUAAAUGAGCGACUCGAAUUGUAUGAAAAAUUUGUUCAAAACGGCUAUGAAAUGCAAUGUGUCCUGGAAAAUGGCUAUCUUCAAUUUCGUUUUACGGCUUGUAUCAGUGAGGAUGGCAAACGACAUGGUAUAGGUGAAAUAUGGGAAGAUGAACGGAAUAUGUACUGGUUCGAAUGCAAAGCGGACGGACCAUAUUUGAAAGUCGAAAUACGAGGUUGCGUAUCGCAUGAUAAAACGAAACGUAUUCCGCUGAAUGAAGCUUAUGAAUUUGGUGGAUAUGUGUAUGAAUGCCAAAAAAAAUACAAUGGUACAGUGCAAAUGUGUUCAGUCGGUUGUGUUCAUAACGGAGUUCGUUACAAAAUAGGAGAUCAAUGGCCGGUAAAUUUUUUUUUACAGUUUCACCGAGCCAGUCAACAGUUUAAAAUAUUAAUUGCGAGAAUGAACUAUUUCGAUUUUUCUGAAAAAAAAGAAACAUAG